UCAACAGGCCAGCCGAGUGAACAGGAGCUGUGGCUGUAGAGGAGAGGGGCAGAGUGGGAAACCCGUUUCCUGUGGGGCUCCAGGCACCAUGGCAGAAGGUGGCGAGGGAGAAGAGGAGAUCCAGUUCUUACGCACAGAGGACCAGGUAGUCCUCCAGUGCACAGCUACCAUACUGAAGGAGCAGAUUAAGCUCUGCUUGUCCUGCGAGGGAUUUGGGAAUCGUCUGUGCUUCCUGGAGACCACAUCUAACGCCCAGAAUGUUCCACCGGAUCUGGCCAUAUGCUGCUUCAUCCUGGAGCAGUCGCUGUCUGUGCGAGCACUGCAGGAGAUGCUGUCCCACACUAGUGAGGCAGUGGAUUUGGACAAAUGGUCAUCACAGGGAGGAGGCCAUCGUACACUGCUGUACGGGCAUGCUAUACUGCUCAGACACACACACUCUGGCAUGUACCUGAGCUGUCUGACCACAUCGCGGUCACUCACAGACAAGCUAGCCUUUGAUGUGGGCUUACAGGAGGACUCAACAGGUGAGGCAUGCUGGUGGACCAUCCACCCUGCUUCUAAGCAGAGGUCAGAAGGUGAGAAGGUCAGGGUGGGUGAUGAUCUCAUCUUGGUUAGUGUAUCUUCUGAACGAUAUUUGCAUCUCUCCUAUGCCAGUGGAGACCUCAUGGUGGACGCCUCUUUCAUGCAGACCCUGUGGACCAUGAGCCCAGUCUGUUCUGGGUGUGAGCUCGCUGAAGGGUAUCUGACUGGAGGGUAUGUGAUCAGACUUUAUCACGGUCACAUGGAUGAGUGCCUGGCCAUCCCUACUGCGGAUCAGGGCAGUGACCAACGAAAAAAUGCCCAUUAUGAGGGGGGUGCUGUAUGUAGUCAUGCACGGUCUCUGUGGAGACUGGAGCCUCUUCGCAUUGGGUGGAGUGGCUGCCACAUUAAAUGGGGUCAGGCCUUCCGUGUACGCCACAUCACCACAGGGAGGUACCUGUGUUUGAACGAUGACAAGGGGCUCCUACUGGUGGAUCCAGAGAAGGCAAAUACAAAUGGCUCUGCCUUCUGCUUCCGGGUAUCAAAGGAGAAGACAGAGGUUGUUCAGAAGAGGGAUGUGGAGGGGAUGGGAACCCCGGAGAUAAAGUAUGGCGAGUCCAUGUGCUUCGUGCAGCAUGUCGCUACAGGCCUGUGGCUCACCUACGCAUCUGUAGACGCCAAAUCUGCCCGUCUCGGCCCUCUCAAGAGGAAGGCGAUUCUUCACCAGGAGGGCCACAUGGACGAUGCCCUGACUGUAGCCCGCUCGCAGACGGAGGAGUCACAGGCUGCGAGAAUGAUCUUCAGCACAGCCGGCCUCUUCACACAGUUCAUCAAGGGGCUGGACUCUCUGAGCGGGAAGGUGAAGAGCCCUGCCCCUCCCCUGCCCCUGCCGCUGGACUCUGUCGUCCUCUCACUGCAAGACCUCAUCUUCUACUUCCGGCCUCCUGAGGAGGAUCUGGAGCAUGAGGAAAAACAGAGCAAACUGAGAUCUCUGAAAAACCGACAAAACCUGUUUCAAGAAGAGGGUAUGAUUACCCUUGUGCUGGAAUGUAUCGACCGUCUAAACGUGUAUAACACAGCUGCUCACUUCUCUGAGUUCGCUGGAGAAGAGGCUACUGAGUCGUGGAAGGAGAUUGUUAACCUGCUCUAUGAGCUGCUGGCAUCUCUGAUCCGCGGUAACAGGGCUAAUUGUGCUCUGUUCUGCGAUAAUCUAGACUGGCUGGUCAGCAAACUGGACCGAUUAGAAGCUUCUUCAGGUAUCCUGGAGGUGUUAUACUGCAUCCUUAUUGAAAGCCCUGAGGUGCUGAACAUUAUCCAGGAAAACCACAUCAAGUCCAUCAUUGCUCUACUGGACAAACAUGGUCGCAAUCACAAGGUUCUGGAUGUACUCUGCUCUCUCUGUGUAUGCAAUGGUGUGGCUGUGAGGUCCAAUCAGAAUCUCAUCACAGAGAAUCUACUGCCACGUCGUGACCUCCUACUCCAAACCAACAUCAUUAAUUAUGUCUCAAGCAUAAGGCCGAACAUCUUCCUGGGAACUUGUGAGGGAUCCACUCAGUAUAAGAAGUGGUACUAUGAGUUGAUAGUGGACCAUGUAGAGCCUUUCCUUACCCCCCAGCCGGGCCAUCUCAGAGUGGGCUGGGCUCUGACCGAGGGCUACAGCCCCUACCCUGGAGGAGGGGAGGGGUGGGGGGGUAAUGGCGUAGGGGAUGACCUCUACUCCUAUGGCUUUGACGGGCUGCACCUGUGGUCAGGGCGUGUGCCUCAGCAGGCGGCCUCGCCCAAUCAGCACAUUCUGGCGGCUGGGGAUGUGGUGAGCUGCUGUCUGGAUCUGAGCGUGCCCAGUAUCUCCUUCCGCAUUAAUGGCCACCCAGUACAGGGAAUGUUUGAGAACUUCAACUUGGAUGGCCUCUUCUUCCCUGUAGUCAGCUUCUCUGCUGGCAUCAAGGUUUGCUUCCUCCUGGGCGGUCGGCAUGGAGACUUUAAGUUCGUCCCGCCCCCUGGCUAUGCUCCGUGCUAUGAGGCCGUCUUGCCCAAAGACAAGUUGCGCAUUGAGCCGAUUAAAGAGUACAAGCAUGACUUUAAUGGUGUGCGUAACCUGCUGGGCCCGACGCAGUCUCUCUCUCACACCGCCUUCACUCCCAACCCCGUUGACACAGUGCAGAUUGUUCUUCCUCCUCAUCUGGAGCGGAUCAGAGAGAAACUGGCCGAGAACAGUCAUGAGCUGUGGGCAGUUACCCGCAUCGAGCAGGGCUGGACAUACGGACCAGUCCGUGAUGACAAUAAGAAGCUGCACCCAUGUCUGGUGGACUUCUAUAGCCUCCCAGAGCCAGAGAGGAACUACAAUCUGGCCAUGUCUGGAGAGACACUCAAGACUCUCCUGGCACUAGGGUGCCAUGUUGGUAUGGGAGAUGAGAAGGCUGAAGAAAACCUGAAGAAGAUCAAACUUCCUAAAACCUACACACAGAGCAAUGGAUACAAACCUGCCCCUCUGGAUCUCAACCACGUCAAAUUGACACCCAAUCAGAACACAAUGGUGGAGCGUCUGGCUGAAAACAGCCACAACGUUUGGGCUCGAGACCGAGUUCGCCAGAAUUGGACUUACAGCAUUGUACAGGACAUCUUGAACAAGCGGAACCCACGCCUUGUGCCGUAUAAUCUCCUAGAUGAAAAAACCAAAAAGACCAACAGAGAAACAGUGUGUGCUGCAGUUCGCACUCUGAUUGGCUACGGCUACAACAUUGAGCCUCCAGAUCAGGAGAGCAGUGGCCAUGGGGUUGGAGAUGGCAGCGGGAAUAAGAUCCGGGUGUUUCGGGUGGAAAAGUCCUACUCUGUGACCCAGGGCAAGUGGUACUUUGAGUUUGAAGCAGUGACGGUUGGAGAGAUGAGGGUGGGCUGGGCCAGACCCAGUGUCCACGCUGACAAGGAUCUGGGCUCUGACGACCUGGCUUAUGUCUUCAAUGGCUUCAAGGCUCAACGUUGGCAUGUGGGUAGUGAGCCGUUUGGCCGCCAGUGGCAACCAGGCGAUGUGGUCGGCUGCAUGAUUGACCUCAGCGAGCAGAAUAUCAUGUUCACCCUGAAUGGAGAGAUGCUGAUCAGUGACUCGGGCUCAGAGAUGGCCUUCAAAGACAUUGAGAUCGGAGAGGGGUUCAUUCCUGUGUGUAGUCUCGGCCUCUCUCAGGUUGGCCGGAUUAACUUGGGCCAAAAUGUCAGCAGUCUGCGUUAUUUCACCAUCUGUGGCCUUCAGGAAGGCUUUGAACCUUUUGCUAUCAACAUGAAGAGAGACAUCACCAUGUGGUUCAGCAAAAGCCUCCCUCAGUUUGUGCCUGUUCCAACUGACCAUGCUCAUUUUGAGGUGUCUCGUAUAGAUGGCACAGUGGACAGCGCUCCCUGUCUGAAGCUAAACCAUAAGACAUUUGGAUCCCAGAAUGCCAACACAGACCUGCUCUUCUUCAGGCUGAGCAUGCCCAUUGAGUUCCAUGAGACUUUCAAAGUCCCAGCGGGUGCGCCCCCUCUCACCCGGCCCCUAACCAUCCCAGAGGAUAUGGCCCUUGAGGUGGACCCCAACUCAGACUACGAACUGCUGAAAAAGUCUGCCACCCGCAAAGAGCAGGAAGAGAAAGAGAAGGAGCCACUAGUGUCCAAAGAAGUAGCUGGCAACAAGGAGGGAGAGAAUGAGAAAGACACAACUACAGAGAAGAGUAAGAAGAAAGGGUUCUUCUCCAAAGCCAAGAAGGCAGCUUUUGUUGCUCCGCCACCUGUUGUCCUGGUGCCCCGGCUGGUGGAAGACGUUGUCCCAGAUGAUCGAGAUGACGUGGACAUCAUUUCAAAUACAACUACAUAUUACUAUGCAGUGCGUGUCUUUGCUGGCCAGGAGCCCAGUGGAGUGUGGGCAGGCUGGGUUACUCCGGACUACCACCAGUAUGACCUCCAUUUUGAUCUCAGUAAAGUGAGGCAUGUUACUGUCACUGUGGGAGACGAUAAAGGAAACAUACACCACAGUAUAAAGCGCAGUAACUGCUACAUGGUGUGGGGCGGAGAGUUCAGCAGCUCACAGCAAACUCGCAUCAGUCAAGAGGACUUUGUGAUUGGCUGCCUCGUGGACCUGGUUACAGGCCUCAUGACUUUCACAGCCAAUGGGAAAGAAGUUAACACAUUCUACCAGGUGGAGCCCAACACCAAGCUCUUCCCUGCUGUCUUCUGUCUGCCCUCCAGUCAGAACAUGCUUCAGGUGGAGCUGGGCAAGCUAAAGAACAUCAUGCCCAUCUCAGCAGCCAUGUUCCGCAGUGACCGCAGGAACCCGGUCCCACAGUGCCCGCCACGUCUCGACGUCCAGGUUCUAGCCCCUGUCAUCUGGAGCCGUAUGCCCAACCACUUCCUGUUGCCGGAUACAUGGCGUGUCAGUGAGAGAUUGGGCUGGAUGGUACAGUGCACUGAGCCCCUCAGCAUGAUGGCUCUGCACAUCCCAGAAGAGAACAGGUGUAUUGACAUACUGGAGUUGUCGGAGAGGACGGAACUGAUGAAGUUCCACUACCACACGCUCAAAUUGUAUGGCUCGGUGUGUGCACUGGGCAACAACCGCGUGGCACACGCCCUCUGCGGCCACGUGGACCAAUCGCAGCUCUUCUAUGCCAUCGAGAACACAUACCUGCCCGGCCCCAUCCGCAGUGGCUACUAUGACCUGCUCAUCUCUAUGCACCUGGAGUCUGCCAAGCGCAACCGCCUCAUGACAAACAGGGAGUUCAUCUUGCCAAUGACGGAUGACACACGCAGCAUCACUCUGUAUUCAGACGCGGAGAAGACCCACGCGCUGCCUGGGGUGGGCCUCUCGACCUGCCUGCGCCCCAAACACUACUUCUCCCCCACUGGCUUUGUGGGGACCAACGCGGACCUGUACACCCUCAGCCCUGUUAUACCGUUGGAGACACUGAAGGACCAUGCUCUGAGCAUGCUUACAGAGGCUGUGCAGGAUGCCGGUCAGGCCAUGCGGGAUCCUGUAGGGGGCAGUGUGGAGUCCCACUUUGUUCCCAUCCUGAAACUGAUCAGCACUCUGCUCAUUAUGGGUGUGUUUGAGGAUGAAGACGUGAAGCACAUUCUGAAGCUGAUCGAACCGUCUGUAUUCAGCGAUGCUGACCCUCCCAGCCAGGAGGAGAUAAAGGAAGGAGAUCGAGACCAGCAGCUCGUGAGAAAAGAGCAGGGGGCGGGGAAACAGGAGCAGGCAGAUCCUGAGACGAACGAAGGUGUGGAUGAAGAGGAAGAGGAAGAGGAAGAAGAAGAACUGGAGGACGAAGAGGAACUAGAUGAGGAGGAUGAUGAACAAACAGAGAAGGAAGAUGAGGAAAAGCAUGUGGCAGUUGAGAAAACAGACAGAGAGAAAUUAGUAGAUGGAGGGGUGGAGCAAGAGGAGGAACCUAUGUUGAGGAAGGAGGAGACAAAGGAGCAGGAGGAUGUGUGGGAGGGGCUUCUACAUAUGAAAUUACCUGAGUCUGUUAAACUGCAGAUGUGUACUCUGCUGCAGUAUUUCUGUGACUGUGAGCUCCGUCACCGGGUAGAAGCCAUUGUUGCCUUCUCUGAUAGGUUUGUAAAUCAGGUCCAGACCAAUCAGAAGCUGCGUUAUAAUGAGCUGAUGCAGGCCUUCACCAUGUCAGCUGCAGAAACAGCCCGCAAGACCAGGGAAUUUCGUUCCCCACCCCAGGAACAGGUUAACAUGCUGAUGAACUUCAAGAUGUGUCUUGAGCAGAACUGUCCUGUACCUGAAAACUGUCGCACUGAACUGCAGACGUUCCACAAUGACCUGCUGGCUCACUGCGGUGUGCAUUUAGAGGAAGAGGAGGAGGAAGAACAGGUGGACUCAUCUGUGCGUGGGCGGUUCUUCCGGCUGGUCGAGAAAGUGAAAAACCUGAGGAAGAAGAACCAGGAGGCGGAGUCAGAGCCACAGGAGGAGAGGCAGCCCAGCACUCUGCAGGAGCUGAUCUCCCACACGAUGAUCCACUGGGCCCAGGAGUCGUUCAUCCAGACGGCUGAGCUGGUGCGGGUCAUGUUCAGCCUCCUCCACCGGCAGUACGACGCCCUGGGCGAGCUGAUCCGUGCGCUGCCCAGAGCCUAUACCAUCAACUCCGUCUCGGAGCAGGACACCAUGGAGUUGCUGGAGAGUCUGAGCCAAAUCCGCUCGCUCCUCAUCGUGCAAAUGGGCCCAGAGGAGGAGCGCCUCAUGAUCCAGAGCAUCGGAAAUAUCAUGAGUAAUAAGGUGUUCUACCAGCACCCAAACCUGAUGAGGGCUCUGGGUAUGCACGAGACAGUUAUGGAGGUGAUGGUUAACGUCCUGGGAGGCGGAGACUCCAAGGAGAUCCGGUUUCCUCGCAUGGUCACCAACUGCUGCCGAUUUCUGUGUUAUUUCUGCCGAAUCAGUCGUCAGAACCAGCGCUCCAUGUUCGAUCACCUGAGCUACCUGCUCCAGAACAGCAGCGUGGGCCUGGGAAUGCGGGGUUCCACACCGCUGGACGUUGCCGCGGCAUCCUGCAUCGAUAACAAUGAGCUUGCCCUGGCGCUCCAGGAGCAGGACCUGGAGCAGGUGGUAAAGUACCUGGCUGGCUGUGGGCUGCAGACUUGUCCCAUGCUCCUGUCGAAGGGCUACCCCGAUAUUGGCUGGAACCCCUGUGGUGGGGAGAAGUACCUUGAUUUUCUUCGGUUUGCUGUGUUUGUUAAUGGAGAGAGUGUGGAGGAGAACGCUAACGUGGUGGUGCGUCUGCUGAUCAGACGGCCCGAAUGCUUCGGCCCUGCACUCAGAGGAGAAGGAGGCAGUGGCCUGCUUGCUGCUAUCGAGGAGGCCAUUAAAAUCUCUGAGGAUCCAGCUAGAGAUGGACCCAGCGUCAAGAAAGACAGACGCUUCCCCAUGUUUGGUGGAGAAGAGCAGCAUGAGGAGAAUAGGGUUCACCUGGGAAACGCAAUCAUGUCUUUCUACGCUGCUCUCAUCGACCUGCUGGGCCGCUGUGCACCUGAGAUGCACUUGAUCCAGGCAGGGAAAGGUGAGGCUCUGAGGAUAAGGGCCAUUCUCAGAUCUUUGGUGCCCAUCGAGGACCUGGUUGGUGUUAUUAGCCUUCCAGUCCAGAUCCCUGCACUAGGGAAAGACAACAGCGUUAUUGAGCCAAAGAUGUCAGCCAGUUUUGUUCCUGACCACAAGGCUCCGAUGGUGCUGUUCCUGGACCGCGUCUAUGGCAUCGAUAACCAGGACUUCCUAUUGCAUGUCCUGGAAGUGGGUUUCCUGCCGGACAUGCGGGCAGCGGCCUCUUUGGACACGGCUGCGUUCAGCACCACAGAGAUGGCUCUGGCCCUGAACCGCUACCUGUGCUCUGCCGUCCUGCCCCUCAUCACGAAAUGCGCCCCGCUGUUCGCCGGCACUGACCACCGAGCCAUCAUGAUCGACUCCAUGCUGCACACCAUCUACAGGCUUUCCAGGGGACGCUCUCUCACCAAGGCUCAGAGGGAUGUCAUAGAGGAAUGUCUGAUGUCACUGUGCAGAUACCUGCGACCCUCUAUGCUUCAGCAUCUACUGAGACGGCUGGUGUUUGAUGUGCCAAUUCUCAAUGAGUAUGCCAAAAUGCCCCUGAAGUUGCUGACCAAUCACUAUGAGCGUUGCUGGAAAUACUACUGCUUGCCUAACGGCUGGGCAAACUUUGGCGUGUCAUCAGAGGAAGAACUCCAUCUGACCCGGAAGCUCUUCUGGGGAAUCUUUGAAUCUCUGGCACACAAGAAAUAUGAUGCAGAACUGUUCAAAAUAGCCAUGCCUUGUCUCAGUGCCAUAGCUGGUGCCAUCCCUCCUGAUUACGUGGAUGCCAGUUACUCCUCCAAAGCAGAAAAGAAAGCCUCUGUUGAUGCUGAGGGCAACUUUGAUCCCAAACCCGUGGACACCACCAACACGAUCAUCCCUGAGAAGCUAGAUGGAUUCAUUAAUAGAUACGCAGAAUAUACGCAUGAUAAAUGGGCUUUUGAGAAGAUCCAGAACAACUGGACAUUUGGGGAGGUGCUGGAUGAAAAUGCCAAGACUCAUCCCAUGCUCAGACCAUACAAAACAUUUUCUGAAAAGGAUAAAGAGAUCUACCGCUGGCCCAUUAAAGAGUCCAUUAAGGCCAUGAUAGCCUGGGAGUGGAUGCUGGACAAAACCAGAGAUGGAGACGAGGACAGAGCAGAGAAGAAGGCGGCUCGCAAAAUCUCCCAGACUGCACAGGCAACCUAUGACCCUAGUCACGGCUACAACCCCCAGCCUAUAGAUGUAUCAGGCAUGACACUGUCCAGAGAGCUGCAGUCCAUGGCUGAGCAAUUGGCAGAGAACUACCACAACACCUGGGGGCGCAAGAAGAAGCUGGAGCUGCACGCAAAGGGUGGUGGGACUCACCCACUGCUGGUACCUUACGAUACUCUAACGGCUAAAGAGAAGGCUCGCGACCGUGAGAAAGCGUAUGAGCUGCUCAGAUUCCUGCAGCUCAACGGCUAUGCGGUAACAAGGGGACUCAAAGAUAUGGAGGGAGACGUUUCCUCUAUUGAGAAGCGCUUCGCUUACGGCUUCCUACAGAAGCUGCUGAAGUGGAUGGACAUCGCCCAGGAGUUCAUUGCACACCUUGAGGCGGUGGUCAGCAGUGGCCGUGUGGAGAAGUCUCCUCAUGAGCAGGAGAUCAAGUUCUUUGCCAAGAUUCUUAUGCCUCUGAUAAACCAGUACUUCAAAAACCACUGCCUCUAUUUCCUGUCCACACCUGCUAAAAUCCUGGGCAGUGGUGGCCAUGCCUCCAACAAAGAGAAAGAGAUGAUUGCCAGUAUCUUCUGUAAGAUGUCUGCUCUAGUGAGACACAGAGUCUUUCUCUUCGGCACUGAUGCUCCUGCCAUCGUGAACUGUCUCCAUAUCCUCGCCCGCUCUCUCGACGCCAGGACCGUGAUGAAGUCUGGGCCUGAGAUCGUGAAGGCAGGGCUGCGAUCUUUCUUUGAGAGUGCUGCUGAUGACAUAGAAAAGAUGGUGGAGAACCUCAAACUGGGGAAAAUGUCAAAAGGCAACCAGCCUGUGAAAGGUGUGAGCCAGAACAUUAACUACACCACAGUUGCUCUGCUCCCUGUCCUCACAUCCCUGUUUGACCACAUUGCACAGCACCAGUUUGGCGACGACGUUAUACUGGAUGAUCUGCAGAUGUCCUGCUACAGAAUCAUGUGCAGUAUCUAUUCCCUUGGCACUGUGAAGACACCUCACGCUGAAAGACACAGGCCCGCUCUGGGAGAGUGCCUGGCCCAUCUCGCUGCUGCCAUGCCCGUGGCUUACCUGGAGCCUCACCUGAACGAGUUUAAUGCUUUCUCAGUGUACACCACCAAGACACCCAGGGAGAGAGCCAUCCUGGGUCUCCCUAAUGAGGUGCAGGAGCUGUGUUUGGACAUUCCUGAGCUGGAUGUCCUUAUGAAAGAGAUCAGCCACCUUGCAGAGUCUGGCGCACGCUACACGGAGAUGCCGCACGUGAUCGAGAUCACGCUGCCCAUGCUGUGUAACUACCUGCCCCGCUGGUGGGAGAGAGGCGAGGAGAACUUCCCCGAGCAGGAGGGCCGUCUGUGCACAGAGGUCACCUCCGCUCACCUUAACCAAUUGCUGGGCAGCAUCAUGAAGAUUGUGGUCAACAACCUGGGCAUCGAUGAUGCUCCCUGGAUGAAGAGGCUGGCAGUGUUCACCCAGCCCAUCGUGAGCAGGGCCAGGCCGGAGAUGUUGAAGUCCCAUUUCAUCCCCACCAUGGAGAAGCUGAAGAAGCGCACAGCGAAGGUGGUGGCUGAGGAGGAGCACCUACGCAUGGAGGGCAAGACUGAGGGCGAGCAGGAGGAAGGCACAAUCCGUGACGAGUUUGCUGUGCUCUGCAGAGACCUGUAUGCCCUCUACCCUCUCCUCAUCCGCUACGUCGACAACAACAGGGCAAGGUGGCUGACCUGCCCCAAUCCAGAUGCUGAGGAGCUGUUUCGCAUGGUGGGAGAGGUCUUCAUUUUCUGGUCCAAAUCUCACAACUUUAAACGUGAGGAGCAGAACUUUGUAGUGAUGAAUGAGAUAAACAACAUGUCCUUCCUCACAGCAGACAGCAUGAGUAAGAUGAGCAAGGCCGGGAGCGCUGAGGCUGGCGGCUCAGAUGUGGAGCGUACCAAGAAGAAAAGAAGAGGGGAUCGUUACUCGGUGCAGACGUCCCUGAUCGUGGCCGCCCUGAAGAAGUUGCUCCCCAUCGGACUCAAUAUGUGCUCUCCUGCCGACCAUGAGCUCAUUAAUCUGGCCAAGAUCCGCUACUCUUUGAAAGAUACACAUGAAGAAGUGAGAGAGUUCCUGCAGAGCAACCUGCAUCUUCAGGGCAAGGUGGAGGACCCUUCCAUGCGUUGGCAGAUGGCUCUGUAUAAGGAGAUGGCAGGAAAGGCCGAGGAUGCCGACGCUCCUGAGAAGGUGGUGAAGAGAGUUCAGGAGGUGUCUGCUGUGCUUUAUCACCUGGAACUGAUGGAGCACCCGUUCAAAUCUAAAAAGAUGGUUUGGUAUAAGCUGCUGUCCAAGCAGAGGCGGCGCGCCGUGGUCGCCUGUUUCAGGAUGACACCCCUCUACAACCUGCCCAGGCACCGAGCAUCCAACAUGUUCCUGGACAGUUACAAGAGGAACUGGCUUGAGACUGAAGGCCUCUCCUUUGAAGACAGGAUGAUCAAUGACUUAUCUAAAGUCAUGGAACAGGAAGAGGAGGAAGAGGAGGAAACGGAGGCGAAGCCGGAUCCUCUUCAUCAGCUCGUCCUUCAUUUUAGCCGCACCGCUCUCACCGAGAAGAGUAAACUUGACAUGGACUACCUGUAUAUUGCAUAUGCUGAUAUUAUGGCAAAGAGUUGCCACAUGGGUGAGGAGGAUGAGGGUGGAGAGGAAGAGCAGGGUUGCAACAGUGAAGAGAUGACCUUUGAGGAGAAGGAGAUGGAGAAACAGAGGCUGCUCUACCAGCAGUCCCGCCUACAUAACCGUGGAGCUGCAGAGAUGGUCUUACAGAUGAUCAGUGCCUGCAAGGGUGAAAAGGGCUGGAUGGUGUGCUCCACUCUCAAGCUUGGCAUCUCUAUUCUGAAUGGUGGAAACAGCGAAGUCCAGCGGAAAAUGCUGGAGUAUCUGAAGGACAAAAAGGACGUGGGCUUCUUUGUGAGCUUGCAGACUCUCAUGCAGACCUGCAGUGUCCUGGACCUGAAUGCCUUUGAGAGGCAGAACAAGGCUGAAGGUUUGGGCAUGGUGUCUGAGGAGGGGACAAACAUGAAGCUUGAACGCGGUGAGAAAGUAAUGGCAGACGACGAGUUCACCUGUGACCUGUUCCGCUUCUUGCAGUUGGUGUGCGAGGGCCAUAAUAAUGACUUCCAGAACUACCUGAGAACCCAGAUUGGAAGCACAACCACCAUCAACAUCAUCAUCUGCACCGUAGACUACCUGCUGCGGCUACAGGAAUCCAUCAGCGAUUUCUACUGGUAUUAUUCUGGCAAAGAGAUCAUAGACGAGCCUGGUAAGAGGAACUUCUCCAAGGCCAUGACUGUAGCCAAGCAGGUGUUCAACUCCCUGACAGAAUACAUCCAGGGCCCCUGCACAGGUAACCAGCAGUCACUGGCCCACAGCAGACUCUGGGACGCUAUAGUGGGCUUCCUACAUGUCUUUGCUCAUAUGAUGAUGAAACUGGCCCAGGAUUCGAGUCAGAUUGACUUGCUGAAAGAACUCUUGGACCUGCAGAAAGACAUGGUGGUUAUGCUGCUCUCUCUGUUGGAGGGUAAUGUUGUGAAUGGCACAAUAGCUCGUCAGAUGGUAGAUAUGCUGGUGGAGUCUUCCAGCAAUGUUGAGAUGAUCCUCAAGUUCUUUGACAUGUUCCUCAAACUAAAAGAUAUUGUUGCCUCUGGUGCAUUCCGUGACUAUGUGACUGACCCCAGAGGUCUGAUCUCCAAGAAGGACUUCCAAAAGGCCAUGGACACCCAGAAGCAGUACACCCCCUCAGAGAUCCAGUUCCUGCUGUCCUGCUCUGAGGCAGACGAGAAUGAGAUGAUCAACUAUGAGGAGUUUGCCAACCGUUUCCAGGAGCCAGCCAAGGACAUUGGCUUUAACAUUGCUGUGCUGCUAACAAACCUCUCUGAGCAUGUACCUCAUGAUAUGCGGCUGCAAAACUUCCUGGGACAGGCGGAGAGUGUCCUGAACUACUUCCGACCAUUCCUGGGCCGCAUCGAGAUCAUGGGAAUGAGCAGGAAGAUUGAGCGAAUCUACUUCGAGAUCAGCGAGGUGAACCGCCGACAGUGGGAGAUGCCUCAGGUCCGUGAGUCCAAGCGGCAGUUCAUCUUUGAUGUUGUCAACGAAGGCGGCGAGUCAGAAAAAAUGGAGCUCUUUGUGAACUUUUGUGAGGACACCAUCUUUGAGAUGAAGAUCGCCUCUGAGAUCUCAGAGCAGGAAGAGGAAGAGAAAGAGGAGGAUGAUGAGGAAGGAGACGAAGGAGGGGAGGGAGGAGGACAAAGGGCAGACGAAGAGGGAGGCGUGGAAAACAGCCAACCAGAAUCCAGCUCGGCCUUUGCUGACUUCCUGAACAGCAUGUUCAGCUUCCUGGAAAUGUUCACCUUCCGUAACCUGCGCAGGCAGUAUCGCAGGCUCCGGAAGAUGACCUUAAAAGAGAUCACUGUGGGCAUUGCUGUCUUCCUCUGGACAAUCCUGUUGGGAAUUUUCCACUUCAUUUACAGUGUGUGUAAGGGUUUCUUCCUGCUCAUGUGGCAUACUCUGUUUGGAGGAGGUUUAGUGGAGGGGGCCAAGAACAUCACUGUGACUGAGAUCCUGGCCAGCAUGCCUGACCCCACCCAGGAUGAGGUGCACGGAGACCUGCCUGGAGAAUCAGGGGGUGGUGAGGAGCUGGAUGCUGGAGGAGUGUCGGAUCCCAUGGAGGCAACGGGAGGGGAGGAAGAGGACGAGGACAGCACAGAGCAAGAUGUGGGCAAAAUCCCUGGGAUCGAUACCCCUGGUGGUCUGGGAGAUAUGGGAGACACUACUCCAGUGGAUCCCCCAACUCCAGAAGGAUCUCCUCUAACCAAGAGGAAAAUGCAGCCAGAAGAGGCAGGAGCUGAGAAGGCUACUGUAGAUGUGGCUCCUCCUGAACCAGAGAAGGCCGACACUGAAAAUGUUGAGAAGGCGGAAAAGGAGAGUGAGGUGAAGGUUGAGGAGCCCCAGGAGAAGGAGCAGGUGGUGAAAGCCAGCAAGGCUAAGAAGGAAAAGAAAGAGAAGAAACCAGCCAUGAAAGCAAGAUUUGACCUCUGGAACGAGCUGGACAUUCAAAGAAAUAAGUUCAUGAACUAUCUGUCUCGUAACUUCUACAACCUUCGGUUUCUGGCCUUGUUUCUGGCUUUUGCUCUCAACUUCAUUCUGCUUUUCUAUAGGGUGUCGGACAGCCCUCCAGGAGAUGAUGAGUUUCAGGGCUCUGGGGUGUUUGAUGGUUCUUUUGACAGCAAUGGAGAAGACAUGGAUGGGCUUGGAGCAGCAGAUGUUGGUGGUGAUGAAAAUGAUGAGGAAGGCCCUGUGUAUUACUUUCUGGAGGAGAGUACCGGCUACAUGCAGCCAACUCUAGUCUUCCUGUCUGUGAUCCACACCAUCAUCUCCUUUAUCUGUAUUAUUGGCUACUACUGCCUCAAGAUCCCCUUGGUGAUCUUUAAGAGGGAGAAAGAGCUGGCAAGGAAGCUGGAGUUUGCUGGACUUUACAUCACCGAACAGCCUGAAGAUGAUGAUAUCAAAGGGCAAUGGGACAGACUGGUGCUAAACACCCCAUCCUACCCAAACAACUACUGGGAUAAGUUUGUCAAACGAAAGGUCCUGGAUAAAUAUGGUGACAUUUACGGUCGAGAGAGGAUUGCUGAGUUACUGGGAAUGGAUGUGGCCUCACUGGAUUUUAGCAAACAGCAGAACUAUAAGAAAACGGAGGAACCGGACAACUCCCUAUUGGCCUGGAUCACAGCAAUCGAUAUCAAAUAUCAGAUCUGGAAAUUUGGAGUUGUAUUCACAGACAAUACUUUCCUCUACCUGGUCUGGUACACUGUGAUGUCUCUGCUUGGCCACUACAACCGUUUCUUCUUUGCAUGUCACCUGCUGGACAUUGCCAUGGGUGUGAAGACGCUACGCACCAUUCUGUCUUCUGUCACACACAAUGGGAAACAGCUGAUGAUGACGGUGGGCUUGCUGGCAGUGGUGGUGUACCUCUACACUGUGGUGGCCUUCAACUUCUUCCGCAAGUUCUACAACAAGAGCGAGGACGAGGACGAGCCAGACAUGAAAUGCGAUGACAUGAUGACGUGCUAUUUGUUUCACAUGUAUGUGGGAGUGCGAGCUGGUGGAGGGAUUGGUGAUGAGAUUGAGGAUCCAGCAGGUGAUGAGUAUGAGCUCUAUCGGGUCGUCUUUGACAUCACCUUCUUCUUCUUUGUCAUCGUCAUUCUGCUGGCCAUCAUCCAGGGUCUGAUCAUUGAUGCUUUUGGUGAGCUGAGAGACCAGCAAGAACAAGUGAAAGAAGACAUGGAGACCAAAUGCUUUAUAUGUGGGAUAGGGAGCGAUUACUUCGAUACAACUCCACAUGGUUUUGAGACCCACACUUUAGAGGAACACAACUUGGCCAAUUACUUGUUCUUCCUGAUGUACCUCAUAAACAAGGAUGAGACUGAGCACACAGGUCAGGAGUCGUUCGUGUGGAAAAUGUACCAAGAACGCUGCUGGGAUUUCUUUCCUGCUGGUGACUGCUUUCGAAAACAAUAUGAGGACCAGCUGGGCUAGGGAUAAGGGCUU